GAGAGAGUAUCGGAACGAGAAGUAUCUGAUCGUUAUCCUAGAGAGAAACCCCUCGGUUUCGCUGUGGAUUACUACUAUCAUCCAAGAGCGUAACUACUGGAAUUGUAUUAUUUGGGGGAAUUUCGAUUUCUGGAUUAUAUUACAAUUACAAGGAAAACAUGACUCUGGAGGAACUUGUUGGAUGCAACAGCACUGACAGAAAAAUGGAAACUGUGAGUGAAGCUCUCGAGGAGCUGCUAGUGGCUGCACAGCGGCAGAACUGUCUGACAGUGGGAGUCUAUGAGUCUGCACAGCUGAUGAAUGUAGACCCAGACAGCGUAGUCCUGUGCGUCCUCGCGACCGACGAGGAGGAUGAGAAUGAUGUUGCGCUGCAGAUCCACUUCACGCUCAUCCAAGCCUUCUGCUGUGACAUCGACAUCAACAUUGUGCGCGUCUCCGGCAUGAGGCGUCUGGCACAGGUUCUCGGUGAGCCGAUCUCCACCGACAACAACGCCAACGAACCCAGAGACCUCCACUGCAUACUUGUAACUAACCCACAAGCCGAGCAUCUCAAACUGAACGAGGUGGGCAGUUACUGCAAGGAAAGCCGUUGCAGAAACCAAUGGGUGCCCUCCAUUGCCCUGCAAGAACGCUGAGGAUUUCGUGUGCAUAAAUGUGUGCUACAAAGUUUGAAGAAAAAUUAUGAUCAACAGCCAUGAGGGCAUACACAUCAAUUCAAAAGGAAUGAGUCCUUUCUGAAGCUUCCAACUCCGUGUUUAUGGAAUUAUAAGCGCCGGAGGAUACCGGAGACAUUUGUCUGCGUUCCUAGUGCUGCAUGACUGGUGUUAUUGGUCUUCGGAGGGACAGAAAGAGCACCAGGGUGGUCGGUGGACUGUCUGUGUCGCACAUCGAAAGGGACGUACUCCCUGGUGGUAUUUCCAGACUGAAACUAUGCGUACUGUAUGGGCGCACUCUGCCUCCCACGUGGGAGUGUAAUGAAUAACACAAGACUCAGACCUGACUAUGUUGUCAUAGGUCUAAAGAGGAGGAAGAAGAACCAGAGACUGCUGUUUUAUGACGGAAGUUGUCUUGCCUGUUUUAUUUAUGCAUAACACUGAUGUCAUUAACAACAAAUACUUUAUUUGGUUAUUUAUGAAUUGAAAAAUGUUUACUUUUUCUUUUUAAAUAAAAUUUUUAUGCUUGAAUC